GGCUACACUAUACCGGUAUUUACAAAAUAAACAUUCAGUGAAUCUUGAACCAUUUACUAUCUUAAAUUGUUAUCAAUGGUCAUGAUUACAAUUAAUUCUAUAUAUCUAUAAUAUUGUAUUAGGUGCCUGUCGGCUGUCCUAUGAUUAAAGGUUUUAAUUUAAAAUUAAAUAUGCGACAUUAAUAGUUAUUAGUUAAUUUUAUUUCAUAAUACGACAUGGACUCUUUAAUUUCUGAGAUGGAACAAUUGUUAUUGUCUGGUAGAGAGGACUGUAAUAUCCAAGACAUAAUAGGAGAAUCUGCAGGAAAAAAUAUUGAUGAUUUAUUAAUUGAAGCUGAUAAAAUAAUUGGUGAAACACUUCCAUUCUUCCAAACAUCUUCAGAUACAAAUAAAGUUAAAACUUCAAAAGACUUUAAAAGUAUACAAAAUAAUACUAAAGUUACGCCAAUCCAGCCUAAAAUCCAAAGGAAUGAUGCAAAAAAAGUUAAUUUUAAUUUAAAUAGUAAUAAUAGUCCUCACAGUUCUAUAAUUCCAGAGAAACAUUCAAAAGCAUCAGAAAUCUAUGGAAAAUUAACUAUAAACAAAUAUAUUAAAGAAGAGGAAAGAAAAGAUCACAAUAUUUGUUCUUCAUCUUUAAAAAAAUGUACAGCUGAGUUAAAGGUACCUGAUCCUGAAGUAAAUUUUAUAAAAUCCCAUUUUAAAGUCAGCUCAUCUAUGUUGGAAAAUCACAAUCGGCUAAAAAUGUUGUGUAACAGACAUGAUAAAUUUGGUAAUAAUAUAAAAAAUCAGGACCAAAUUAAUAAAUUAAAAACGGAAGAAGAAUUAAAAUAUUAUAAGAUGAAAAAUAAUGAACUUGAAAAAAAUCUUAUGUUUAAAGAACAAGAAAUUCACAAUUUGGAAAAUCGAUAUCAGCAAUUAAGUCAGUAUUGUGAAUCUUUUUUAAAAAAAAAUAUAGAAGAGACAUUGAAGAGUUAUGAUUGUCAAUUAAAUGAACUAAUUGAACGCAAUAUGACUAGAGAAUCACAGUUGCAUACCAUAAUUGGUAAUCUUCUAGACGAAAUUGAACAGUCACAUAAUCAAUACAGAAUUAAACUAUCAGAAAAAAAUAAUCAAAUACGGAAUUAUCUUGAUCAAAUAGAAACAAUACUUGAUAAUUUUUACAAAUUUAAAAAUAAAAAUAUAAAAAUAUAACAUUUCAGUGAUAUUGAUAU